AUGAGCAUCUUUGGCAUCAUCUCCACGUUCACCAAGACUUAUGAAGCCUUUCUGGUCGUACGCUUUUUUGAAGGGUUCUUCUUCACGGUAGGUAUUCCAAAUAAAAAAAGAGUCUCGUUUAUUGCUUCAGGCAUCAGUUGUGGUGGUCUGGGUGUUGGCCAGCGAAUGCGUCGCCGUGAAACAACACUCCUUUGCGGCGACAAUUUUUGGUUGCUUUUGGGUGGCAGGCUAUUGUGCGGUGGCCUUAUUGGCCAAGUUGGUGCCAGGCUGGAGAGUGGCGUCGUGGUGUGUGUGCAUUCCGACAGCAGUGUUUUCGUUGAUUUUUUGGAGGUAAGGGAAAGAAAGAAUGAGGUCGAAAGGGGCAUAUCAGUCUGUCGGGGAAAUAAUGAGUACAAUAUUCGCUGCGAAAACGUCGCUGAAGUGAAAAGCGAUUUGAUUUUGUCGCAACACAAUUCAUUUCCUCAGCGGUGAUGCGAUUUUCGAUGCGACAAAGUGCUCAUUAUUUUCCCGACAGAAAGAGGCAUGCUUCCGCAAAAAACCAGUUUUUUUCUGAUUGCGUUUCUGAGUUCUCGCCAAGCUGGCCAAGAUAGGAUCAAAAAGUGUGUUUCUCUAUGACCGCUCACCACAUUUCGCGUACUCUCUCUGGAAGACCGUUGAAUAACUCGGCUGCCCUUGCAAAUCGCGAGCUAAAAUUUUCAGGAAUUUGCGUGUGGCCUAUGCCUGAAGGGUGUGCAAAAUUUAAGGAAGAUCUGGGUGUACUUCCACCAGAUUCGGAGAACCUCAUAUGGUACCGUUUUGCCGACCAGAGAUGCACCUUUCCUUCUCUAUCGAUAAAUCGGUAAAAUAAUGAGCACGAUGUCGCUGCAGUGAAAAACAACUAGAUUUUGUCGCGACAAAAUUCAUUUCCUCAGCGGUGACACGAUUUUCGUUGCGACAGAGUGCUCAUUAUUUUCCCGACAGACUGAAAAUUAGAACGUCUUGGCCAUGUUUUCAAUACUUCCUCUUUUUUCAGAACAAUACCAGAGAGUUUUCAUUUUCUCGCGGAACACGGAAAAUCCGUUGACCUGCGGGCCUGGCUUCGAAAAGCGGCUCCGAAUGUCUUCCACCUGUCGCUUAUCAAUAUUGCCGGAAACGACCACGGAAAGGAGCGGAAUUUCCACCAAUUCAUCAAUUUUAUGCAGGAAAACACUAUGUAUAUUCGAUAUACCCUGGCUUCUGCUGUGAUUUGGUAUGCGAACUCGAUAAAAAAUUGCUCAAAAGACUCCAAAGAAAAGAAAAAAAUUUUCAGGAUUAUUAGUUUCAUGUCUUAUAUGGGCAUGUCGAUGUACAGCGUGUAUCUUGGUGGAGAUGUUUACUACAACUACGUCUUGUCGGGAAUUGUGGAACUCCCAGCCUACUUUAUGGCACCAAUACUUUUGGAUAGGUAUUUGGCCUUUUCUUAACGAAAAACUGAACUAUUUAAAUACCCCGUAUUUUACCAAAAAAAUGUAUUUUUUAGGUUUGGCAGAAAAAAGACGUUUAUCAUGGUAAACCUGUUCAAUUGCUUUUGUUUCGUCGCUUUGGGCACUGUGAAUUACCGUAAGUCAUUGGAGCCAAACAACUUUUUAUGCGGGUUAUGAACUGGCCACGUACAGUACCGGACCUGAUCCACUGGCAAAAAGCGUAACAUUUUGGAUCCGGGAAGUAUCAAAAAUGAAGCAAAAUACCUCCAUCUCCAAGUGAAAAACUCCGAUUUCAAAAGCGCGCGAGCUCUUUUUGUGAGGGAAGGGCGUGUUUCGAAACGGAGUUUUUUUAUUGUUGUGGGAGGCAUUUUGCCACAUUUUUGAUACUUUCCGGAUGCAAAAUUAUGCGUUUUUUGCCAAUGGAUCAGGUCCCUCACUGUAAUAUGUACCUUGAAUACCCAAAUCAUUUUUUCAAAGCGUGGGCUAAGAUUUUUAGCGAUUUAUAGUUCGAGUAGCCCAAGUCCGACGCUCAGAUCUUUAUAAAAUUUGCGCAAAUUUAGGUCAUUUUUUUCUAACAAGGGAAGUACUCCAAGUGCGACGCUCAGAUUAUGAUGAAACUUGGCACAAACUUAGAACAAUUUUUCUAAGAUAUAUGCGAGAAUCCUAGUUCGCGCUUUGCAGAAACAACCGAGGUUUUUAGAUCGAAAGUCGGCGAAAAUUUAGGACUUUUUGCCGAAUUUUGGCACGAAAAUUUUCGUGCCUAUUUCUACCGUAAAGGUUAAUCUGUCUACAAAAAAUCAAAUUUUUCCGCACAAAACUGCAAAGCUACGGCCAAAAAGCGUUUUUCUCUCUGACCGCUCUCCACGUUUAGCGUACUCCCUCGGCCGCAAAGAUCGUUGAAUAUCUCGGCGGCGCCUGCAAAGCGCGAGCUAAAACUUUCAGGAAUUGAUAUUUAGUCCAUACCCGACGUGUGUGCAAAAUUUGAAGAAAAUCUGAGCGUCGCGCUUGGAGUACUUCCCCUGUAAGGCAUAUGCGAGACUCCAAGUUCGCGCUAUGCAGAAACGACCAAGAUUUUUAGAUGUAAAGUUGGCAAAAGAAUUACAGUUUUUCGUGAAUUUUUAUUUCGUCUGUAAGGAGUGCUCUUUCCACAAAAAAUAUUAUUUUUCCGCACGAAACUGUGAUGGCACGAAACUCUCAAAGACAUGGCAAAAAAGUGAUUUUCCUCUUACCGCUCUCCACGUUUCGCGUACUCUCUCGGCCGCAAAGAUCGUUGAAUCUUUCGGUUGUCCCAGAAAAGCGCGAGCUAACAUUUUCAGGAAUUGAUAAGUGGCCUGUGCCCGGCGUCUGUGAAAAAUUUUUAGAAAAUCUGAGCGUCGCAGUUGGGGCACUACCCUAAUAAGCUACAACCAAUUUCGGCAAAUUCCCAAAAUUCAAAAAAAAUCUUAUCAUUUUUUCCAGACAACCGCACAGUGUUUGUGAGCAUGUGGAUGCUCACCAAGAUGGGAGUGACCGGCUCGUUCAUGUAUCUCUUCGUCUAUGGCUCGGAAAUUUUCCCCACAGUCAUCCGAAACACCGCAAUGGGACUGUGCGCGGUCUGUUCGAACUUGGGAGCGACCCUUGGACCUCAUGUUAGACAUACGGUAAACGAUGACGAACUCUUUUAUAAAACUUGACGAACUCAAUUUUUAUAUAAAAUUUAGCCAGUGUAAAAUGAAAUUCCACCAAUUUUAGGACGUUUACCAUCCUUCCGCUCCGUGGGCAAUUUUCGGCGCUUCCUCUUUGAUUACCGUCAUCUUGACCUUCUGUUUGCCGGAGACAAAACCCCGAAAAAAGGGUACCUCAUCCGAUGAGAGCUUAAUCGAGCCGUUGUAA